CUGGGGGGGGCAGGCCGGUGCUGGGGGCCCGGCUGGGCCUGGCGUGGAACACGUUGUGCGUCGGGCUCAUCGGGGCAGCUGGGGGCCGGUUCUGGUUCUCAUCGGGCCCUUUGCCCGGAGGCAGCAGGUGGGGUCUCUCCCCAGGCCCUGGGGCAGGGGGUGUGUGAGCGGGACCCGCCGGGUCAGGCUGGGGUGGGGUCAUGGCGGGACGGGUGCCGUCCGUGUGUCCGGCCUCUCACCAUGGGUCGCUCCCCCACAGUGCCCCGUGCCCCGAGACCGCCCCGGCCCCACUGCGGCUCCAGGACCUGGCGGCCGUGCGCUACGAGGACGGGCAGCACCAGGGCCUCCCCGUGGUCCUGGGCACCGGCGGCUUUGGCAGAGUUGAGCUGGUGCGCGGACGGGGGCUGCUCUUCGCCCUCAAGCGGAUCCGCAAGGAGCACGUGGUGCGGAGGCGGCAGCAGGAGCACGUGCGCACCGAGAAGCGGGUGCUGGAGCGGAGCCGCUGCCCCUUCAUCGUGGGGCUCUUUGGCACCUUCAGGGACAGCCAGUACGUCUACAUGCUGCUGGAGUUCUGCCAGGGGGGCGAGCUGUGGACGAAGCUGCGUGAGGUGCGCUGCUUCGAGGAGGAGGUGGCCGUGUUCUGCUCAGCGUGUGUGGUGGAGGCACUCGACUACCUGCACGGCAACGGGAUCAUCUACCGGGACCUCAAGCCCGAGAACCUGAUGCUGGACAAGCAGGGCUACAUCAAACUGGUGGAUUUCGGCUUUGCCAAGGAGCUGGUGCGAGGGGAGAAGACCUACUCGUUCUGUGGCACGCCCGAGUACCUGGCACCUGAGAUCCUGCGGCACGAGGGCCAUGACUUCGCCGUCGACUUCUGGAUGAUGGGCAUCCUCAUCUUCGAGAUGCUGGUGGGCCGGUGA